CUAGUGUUUAAAAAGUUAUGCUUCAACUUGAAUCAACAUGAUGCGCUUCAUAUUCCUUCACCUGCGCAACAAAAACGACGAGCGGCUGUAGCUGCCAUUGUACGCUGGAAAACUCCCCAAGUCUGUAAAACCUCAGCAGCGUCUGUGAGAACAUUAGAUGAAUUUUUUCAACAAGAUUGGGUGCGUGAUGGAGAAGCCGAGAUCUUGUACAUGAAACGAACCAGUCGCAAAGGAGACAGAUGGUCAGGUCAUGUUUCUUUUGUGGGGGGUAAAAAUGAGCCGGGGGAGACUGACAGAGAGACGGUUGAACGAGAAGUGAUGGAGGAAAUUGGCGUGGAUCUAUCGAGCUCUGAUUAUAUACCUCUUGGUCAAUUGGAUGAACGACAAGUCACUUCCUUACGAGAUAACAAAUUGUUAAUGAUGUUGAUACCCUUUGUCUAUUUGCAAGUGGUACCUGAAUCUCCAGUGUUUGAACUUCAGGAAUCAGAAGUAGCAGCAGUACAAUGUAAAGUAUAUAUAGAAAAAAGACACGUGUGGGUAACUAAACAAGGUCUCUGUUCUACAUGA